AAAUAUGAAUAUCCUUGUAAUUGAUUUGCUGGGAAAAGCCACUCCUUCAAGCAAGCUGCUAGCUAUGGCUGUCAGCUUUUUCUCUGCCAUAGCGCAAUCCUUCGCUGUCAUACUAUUGGGAUAUCUCUUUGGUCGUUUUAAACUCAUAGAUCCGAGAGAGGCCCGUAGCAUUACCACUUUAGUUGGUAAGCUCGCACUACCUGCUCUCUUGUUUAGGAACUUGGCUAUACUCGAUCUCAGCCAGGUCUCUUGGGCUUUCCUCGGAAGCAUACUAACAGCAAAGUUUAUUGUAUUUGUCCUCGUCGUGGGCCUCUCUCUUGCUAUAACGAGGAAGAUUGGUAGGUCUGGAUUGUAUGGGAUUUUUGCAACUCAAUCAAAUGACUUUGCCCUUGGAUUACCAAUAGUUGAAGCUCUUUACAGCAAGGAUGACCCAGGUGGCUUUAAUUUCUCAAGCUACCUCUAUCUCUUUGCUCCCAUUUCCCUCGCCAUCAUAAACCCGAUAGGAUUCUUCAUGUUGGAAUACUCGAAGCAAUCAACACGGUCUAGACUAACGUGCAAACGAAUACCAGUCAUUGUGGGAAAAACUUUUUUCUAUUUGCUCAUAAAUCCAAUCAUGUUCAUGACUCUCCUUGGCCUCGUUGUAAAUGUCAUUAUCUCGUAUUGGUCCCACACUUCAUUCCCGGGCUGGCUUGAUAGCUUCCUAACUCUUGUUGGAGGUGCAUAUGCUCCCUGUGCUCUCUUUAACAUUGGACUCUUCAUGGUUGGCAAGCUAGGCAAGGUCACUGGCUAUACCAUAUUUGUAUCAACACUGCUUAUCAUUGCUAAAAGUAUCAUUUUGCCUUUGAUUGGCUACGUGACAGUGGAUCUGUUUCUAAGAGCUGAAGUUGAUGACAACAGUACACUGAACAGCAUAGCCUCCUUUGGAUUCCUCUACUGCACAUUCCCAACUGCUCCCACAGUCUUCAUAUAUGCUUCUCAAUACAGCACUGUUGUCCCUAUUAUUGCAUCUUCAAUUGUAUUUGGUACAUUAGUAUCAGCUCCACUGAUGUAUGUAACAGCCAGGAUGGUGACAGUGAGGUGGGCUGAAGAGAGCAGCUAUGAGCAUACAUUAUAUGUCACUAGACUCAAUGCAUCAUCUAUUGCUAUACUCUGCCUUAUUUGGGUUUUUAUAUUAUUCAUUUUAUCAAAGAGAUACAAGUCCUACACUCAUACAAUAGUCAUGCAUCUAAUGUUUGCUCAGUUAUUGGAGUGCAUGGGCAGUAUAGCACUAGAUCAGUUAGCUACUAAAGGAGUCUACUGGGACUAUGUCCUAUUUGCCAUAUUUUUCAUUGGAGUGUUCUCCUCAAGGCUCUGGCUCAUAUGUCUCUGCAUUGGAUUGAUUGUAUUGAUAAAGAAAGGUCUCUCAAUUGCUAAGAAAAUAUGGUGGCCUAUGUUCAUCACUGCCUGGGGAGUGCCUGUUUUUGCUACAGUACUGCUAGAGGCAUGUUCAAAGCCUCAGAAUAAAAUGAGCACAAGCUUCAUGUUUGGAUUGCCACAGCUUGUCAUUUCAGUAGCAUUUCUGUUAAGUGCGUUCAUUGCUGGCCUAGUUCUAGUGAUCAUAAUCAUUAUCAAUGUGAACAAGAAUCAAGAGCAAUGGAAUACGGACACACAAGACGCCAAUGAGAGGACAUACCUCUUAUCUUCAGGGAGGAAUGGCACUAAUAAUAAUCAUAGUGUAUCUGUAUCUACUAAUAACAAUGAAGGAGAGAGAGAGAGUGAAAUUCUUAUUUCAACUAAAAGCAGUUCGCCUGCAGAUUCCGAAGUAUCAUCUCGUUUCUAUUCCUACACUUUUGAGAACACUGGUACACAGGAGCGAGAUGAGUCCGGUAAAUCUCUCACUCCUUUUCUUGUGCUGGCUAUAUUUCUCAUCUUCUCCUGCCUCGUGGGUAUUCUGGUUGUUUUCUGGCAGUUGGUUGAUAGUUCUAUCUCUGGUGUCUUUGUUGCUGCAGUUGUUUUGGAUAAUGUAACUAAUUUCGGUCAGGGAUUUUUUGUAUUUAUUGUUUUUGGUUUUGAGAAGCACUGGUUCUGGCUAAAAGCAUACAGCAGGCUAAGAGGGUGUUUUUUUAAAGUUGAAGUCGUAGAACUGCCUGAGGAAAAUGAGCUAACCGUUGCGCAAAUGACUUUGUGUAACAUUUUUAAGAACAACUAUCUUCAAAAGUGCAAGGAUGACAUUGUGUCUGACAAAAGGUAUAUAUUUCAGUCCUAUGAUUCAGUAUUUACUGGGAUUGAUAUGGUUGACUGGUUGCUUAAUGAGAGGAUUGUUAAUAAUGUAGAAGAAGCUGUCGAUUAUGGACAGACACUGCUUGAGGGACGCAUAUUGAGUCACGUAUCAGGAGAACACAACUUUCACAAUGAUAACUAUUAUUAUAAAUUUGUAGAAUAAAAAUUUAGAUAAAUAUAAUACUCAUAGUGUUGAACUAUGCUCUUACACACAUGAUACGUAUAUACUUAUGACUCUUUAAAUAUA